GACAUUGCAGAAGACCUGCCAUGCCAUGUCCAACCAGCAUGUGUAUAGUUAGUAGUAAACAAUAAAUGACAUAGAAAUGGGUCCGCCUAAAUUGACCAAACACAAGAAAGUUGAUGGCAAAUCAACAAAUAAAUCGAAAAAGAAAUUUAAACAAUUUCGAGUGCAACCAAAGAAAGGUGUCAAGGAGGAUGACGAAAUAAAAGAGCUUAAAUCCAGAUAUGAAUCGAUCGACGUUGGGAACAUAACCCUAUUCAAGGAUCUACCGCUGUCACUAAAAACAGUUGCCGGAUUGAAGAACGGACGCUACUUUAAACCGACUGAAAUUCAACGUCAAGCGAUUGGUUAUGCCUUAAAAGGUCGCGACGUUUUAGGUGCAGCGGUCACUGGAAGUGGCAAGACGCUGGCGUUUUUGAUUCCGGUGAUGGAGAACCUAUUUUUGAAGAAAUGGUCACGAACUGAUGGCAUUGGCGCGAUUAUCAUAUCACCGACAAGGGAAUUGGCUUAUCAAAUAUUCGAAACGCUGAAAAAGGUCGGCGUGCAACAUGACUUUUCAGCCGGUCUGAUCAUCGGUGGAAAAAAUUUGAAAUUCGAGCGAUCCCGCAUGGAUCAGUGUAACAUAAUCAUCUGUACGCCGGGUCGAUUACUGCAGCACAUGGACGAGAAUCCGUUGUUUAAUUGUUCGUCGAUGCAGGUCUUAGUCUUGGACGAAGCAGAUCGAUGCCUGGACAUGGGAUUCGAAGAGACAAUGAACGGUAUAAUUGAGAAUCUUCCACCGGAGCGACAAACGUUGCUGUUUUCAGCCACCCAAACGAAAUCGGUCAAAGAUCUGGCUCGUCUUAGUCUAUCGGAUCCGGUAUAUGUGGCACCAAUAGAACAAGCAGCCCACAGCACACCCGAUACGCUUCAACAGAAUUACGUUGUCGUCGAAUUGGAGGAGAAAAUUACGAUGCUCUGGUCGUUUAUCAAAAACCAUUUGAAGCAGAAGUGCAUUGUGUUCUUGUCCAGUUGCAAACAGGUCAAAUACAUCUACGAAAUAUUCUGUAAACUACGACCCGGGACAAGUCUCAUCGCACUCUAUGGUACAUUGCAUCAAGAUCGACGCAUGGCAAUUUACAAUGAGUUUUGUCGUAAGUCGAACGUUGUCCUGUUCGCCACCGAUGUGGCUUCAAGAGGACUAGAUUUUCCUAUUGUCAAUUGGGUAGUUCAAUUGGACUGUCCGGAAGAUGCAACAGCUUACAUUCAUCGUGCUGGACGUACGGCCAGACAUAAAGCGAAAGGCGAAAAUUUAUUGGUUCUUCUACCCAGUGAAGAGGAGGCAAUGGUGGAAGAGCUGAAGUCGCGUAAGAUACCAAUCAAUAAGAUUGCCAUCGAUCCGAAGAAAAUGUUUACGCCAAGAGCUAAAAUGGAAGCAUUUCUGGCGGCCAAUCAAGAACUAAAAGAAUCGGCACAACGGGCCUUUGUCGCUUACAUCAAAUCUGUGGUUCUAAUGAAAAACAAGAAAAUUUUCAAUGUCGAAAAACUGAACACCGACGAGUUUGCUAGAUCGUUGGGUUUGGUUGUUGUUCCGCGGAUACGAUUUUUGGCUAGAUUGCAGAAACAUCGUCAAAAGAAUCGUGAGAAACAGUUAGCUCAGAAUGGCAAACUUGAUGCAAAAGGUGAAACUAGUGACAGUGAAGACGACGAUGAUGAUGAUGACGAGGAGGGAGAGGAUGAUGACGCCGAUAAUGCAAGCAAAUCAACAGUAGCUGGGAAAGACGAAAUUUUAAAUUUCAACGUUCAAUCAUCCGACGAUGAUGAAGACGAUGAUGACGACGAUUUUCUGACCAUCAAAAGGAAAGACCACGAAAUACAGAUCGAACAGCUGCCCGAAGUUCCUCCGAUUGAGGAAGUGAAAUCAAAAUCGAAAGUCAAAACUUUGACUAAGGCGGCUCUAGCGAAACGAAUCGUCAAAAAGAAAAUUCUAUCGAACACAAAGGUUCAAUACGAUGACGAUGGUAGCGUUAUCGUUGACACGGCAAAAGAACUGCAAUCGGAACUCGCUAAGGAAUACGAAAAUGCUGAAGAAGGUGGCAUCGACAUUCAAAAGGCGAAGGAUCUGAUGCGCGAAGAAGACAAAUUUGACAAGGUCCGGUUCCGACAGAUGGUGAAGGCCCGACAUAAAGAGGCGAAACGAAAAGCUCGUGCCGAAGAAAAUCAACCGAAGGAUGACUUCGGCAGUGACGACGAAUCCGAUGGUCCGGACCUGUCUUGGCUACCCGAUUACAAACCACGAGAGUCGGACAGUGACAGCAAUGCGGGACAUAGAGAGGUGGUGAACUCAUCGGACGAGUCAGAUGAUGAAGAGCCAGUGCACAGGCCGCCAAAACGUUUGCUGACGAGAAAAGAUGAAAGUGGAAGCGAAGCUAGCGAAUCGGAUGAUGAGCCUCCGCCCCUGAAGAAAACGAAGAAUCUGACAGCAAAAUUGUCAGUCGAUGAAGCUGAACAACUUGCGAUGCAGCUUCUUGGAAGUAGAUAAAUGUAACCGAACGCGCUCUGUACAAAAAACCAACGCUUUAUUCAACAAUAAAAAUGUGUAAACUUUACGCAACAA